AUGGCAUCCGCUGACGAGCAAACGUCUUUGCUGGGCUUAGACGGCAUCCAGCCAACCCACGAGCAUGUCCCAGCUUCAGUCGCCCGUCGGCUCUACGCGUCACACUUCUUGUCCACCUGGAACUCUAGAGUUUUUGAGCUUGGUGCGGUGCUCUACCUAGCAUCUGUUUUCCCCGGGACCUUGCUGCCAAUGUCCCUUUACGCUCUUGUCCGGGGCCUUUCUGCAAUUGUCUUUGCGCCGGCAGUUGGGUGGUACAUUGAUACGGGAAACCGACUCCAAGUCGUUCGCGUCUCCAUUGUUUUCCAGAGGCUUGUGGUUGCGGCAUCUUGCGCCGUCUUUUAUGUGUUAGCAGCUGAUAUACCACUCGCUUCUGGUGUUGUGGUAGUAUCAGAAAGAAACCCAGACGCCCUUCAGGUCAUGAACGCUCAGAUGCGGCGGAUCGAUCUGCUCUGCAAGCUGUUUGGGCCACUAUUUAUUGCCAUGAUAGACGCCCAAUCUUCUCAGGUGGCCAUGGUUGCCAAUUUUGCCAUGAAUGCGGCAACUCUCCCCAUCGAGUACUUUACCAUCGCUCGAGUCUACUUUGACAUUCCGGAGCUACAACGAGCCAAGAUGCCAUUGCAACGGAGUACUACACAACGAACAGAGUCAUACAACGCCUCAAUGACCUUUAACAGUGUAAUCUGGCAGCCGCUGGUUGUCAUGAUCAAGAAGUCUGUACAGGAUUUCUCACUGUACUUCAAGCACCAGGCAUUCCUCCCCUCCAUUGCGGGCGCAGUUCUAUAUCUCACAGUUCUCAGUUUUGGGGGCCAGAUGGUUACCUACCUCCUCUCUUCAGGCUAUUCCUCCAUGCAGAUCGGCAUCGCUAGGACACUUGGCGUGAUGUUUGAGGUCCUGUCCACAUGGGCGGCACCUUGGCUGAUGGGACGAAUUGGGCCGGUAAGAGCGGGUCUCUGGAUGAGCAGUUGGCAAGUCAUCAUGCUGGUUGUGGGAGUGUGUAUCUUCUGCGUGUUUGAUGGAAAGGAUUCGCUCAUCUCCGCAAGCGGGCUUGUUGGCGGCACGGUGUUGAGUCGGCUGGGACUGCGAGGGUUUGACUUGUGCGUCCAGCUCAUUGUCCAAGAGGAAGUCGAAGCCGAAAACCGCGGCGUCUUCUCUUCCGUCGAGGCCGCGUGGCAGAAUGCCUUUGAGCUUCUCGCCUUUGCAUCCACGAUUGUCUUUUCCCGCCCCGAAGAUUUCAAGUGGCCGUCGCUCAUCUCGACCUUGACCGUUGCCUCGGCGAGUAGUGCUUAUGCGACGUUUGUGUACCUGCGUAGAGGUCAUCUGUUACACCUCGAGGCACUAACAAGCUUCCUAUUCACCGAGAAGAGAAGACGGAGUGUGGAUCGAAUCACAUCUAGACCGGAGAUAUAA